CGGUUGUUCGUAAAUUCAAGAUCCACUUGCAACCGGGUUUUCAAUCCUAAUCGACGGUCAUCCAAAAUGGACUUACCGAAAAGAAACAAUGUGGUCUCCAAAUGGUUUCCAUACAAAAUUAUAUGUUUGAUGCUGUUCCUGGUAAUAGUUAUGACGAAGAUCGUGUCAUAUACAUGUCAAGAUUUAACAGGCAGCAUUAGCAACAACGGCGUCUCCAAAAUAGUCUUCUCGAUACCCGUAGAGGAUUUAUGGUCGUGCAGUGGAAAGAAAAAUUGCUAUUACCAACGUAAUUCGAAAAACUGCACGAAAAUGACUCAGUUGAGCUUAAGAUUAAGCUUAACUGGCGUGAGUGGAUUAAAACCGCCGCCAUUGAUCGCCGCCUUGAGUACAGCGAUGAAGAAAAACAGACGUGGAUUGUUUAUGGACCCUUUCAACGCUAUGGACAAAAACAAACCAUUGGAGUUGAUAUUAUGUGAUAAGCGCUUGGAUAUGCUACAAUGGGUAAGACGUUAUUUUUCCCUAUACUCUCAUGGAGUAAACUUAACGGUUUUAUAAUGUAUAAUAUAAGAAUAACUUUACCAGAUAUCCAGGGAAAUUGUAAUUUAAGACUUAUAUAAUCUCGUGAUCAGUGUGCAUUCCGACACGCGAGGAACAGUGAAGCGUUGUUCGAUGACGAUUACAAUCAUUAUUAUACUAAUUGCCACGAAUACGAGUUGAAUACCUUAAGUUUAAUACAUACUAUUAUGUUUUUCAUACACAUAAUUAGUGAUUCAUUCAAAAUUGGCUAAUGGCUAUAUAUAAAACGCAUGCAAACUACUAAUUCUAUUGCCUGUGAUCAAUUUAGGUGAUUCAAUCGAUUUUCAAACAUUUUAGCGUCGGACGAAUGUAUCGGGAUGCACGAUUUUCUUUUAAUAAUUAUAUAUAUUAUAUAUCAUCGAUUUUCUUUUAAUAAUUAUUAUACAUAUAUUAUUAUAAUAUCGUCGACUUCUCGGAAAAAGGCUCCAAAAUAUUUGAGCUUUCUCCGGUACGCUUAAAUACCGUGUGUCGAACUCGACUGCACAACCCGACAUGGUACCGUUAUAUGAAUAUCAUAUUGCCGAGAACUUAAAAUGUCGACUGGUUUUGAUUCCAAGCCGAUACAUUCGAUUUAAACUUAAAUAAUAUAUUAUGUGCAAAAACCGCGCAAUGCAAUGCCAUUGCGUUAACGAAGCACUUUUGACCAGUGUGGCGUGUGACGAUAUUGAAAACAAUAAUGAGAUACCGCUUAUCAAACACGACGGACGUCCAACUUGCACAUAAUAUUCACGAUUAACCGUGGCAUGAUAUGACCUGUGUACAACAUUUACUAUACUCGUCAAGUCGAGUAGCUCUUCAAGUCGAGUAAAUCGUCAAAAGAUUCUAUUUACGCGCACGCCCGUUGACACACCUUUACGACUUUAAGUCGUAAAGUUCACGAACGGUUAACUCCGAACACACAUCGGUGGAGGUGUCUUGUCCGUCGGUUGUACGCAUAAUACUAUAGGGCACCCACCAAAUACGUGACCUUUUAAUAUUAUUAUCAUUGAUGGUUUUUCAACAGACCAAACUACGAACUGCCGCGUCGCAUGUACUUGAAUACACUGACACCGAAUUAUAAAUAAUUGUAAUAUUGUUCACAUGCAAAUUAAUUUCCAUGUACCGAUGUCAGAACGAUUCCGUUUGCUUUGUGUGGACGAUAAACUAUAAUAUAAUAUCUCAUGAUGUUCUAUUUAUGUCUAUUCAAUACAAAGUAGCACGACAAAGACCUUGAAAAAAAACCAAACAAAAGUUCAUAACUUUUAAGGAUUUUUUUCUCCAGUCAAAACUCUAACGUAUUCCUGAUAUUUCUUCGGUGUGUGUAUCCACAGUAUAACGCGUGAAAUGUUUUUUUAAGAAAAAUGUUCGUCGACGAAAAGUCUGGACCGUUUUUAUUUCAACAGAGCACAGUCGACUGAUCCGGACAGUCAGUCCUGUGGAUCGUCGUCCAGUGGUAUUUGAUGUGUUUAAUUUUUUGCAUUUGUCGCCUUUGCGCCGCUGACACCAACUACCACGGCUACAGCAGGAAGACCGGAAACGCCACUGAUUAGGGGUCAAAAUUGAAUAGACACGUCUAGGCGCGUCUGGCUGGUUGUAAUGCCUUGAGCCGAAAAGUACCAUGAUCAGGGUUCGGGGACAUCUUUUUAAGUUCUAUUGUGUAUUGUACCAGUCCUAAAAACCAUUGCGCAUAAUGGCUGAUACUUGGAUACAUUUUUUUUAGUUAAAAAUCUUCUGAAAAAAACUUUUAAUAAAGAUGAGAAAAUUAAAAUCAUAAAUACAAGAAGUUACAAUGUACUGUAUAAUAGACUUGAAAUACCAUACUUCUAUGGAAGUAUAUUAAAUUUUUAAUUUGAAAAAGAAAAAAUUAAAUUAUUGAAUAUGCGGCUAGUCACAACAACUAAUAAACACCUUACGAAAAAAGUGUGAAUUCUAAUUUAUUAUUGUUUUUAGUUCCAUCUAAUUAUUGAUUAAAAUGUCUUAAAUUUAAAUUUAAAUUGCAGAACAAUUAAAAAAGCAUGGCUGGGCAAGUUAACUUUUUUUUUAACUUGUGAAGUUAAGUUAAUAUAGACAAGUAUAAGUAAAAUUUAAAGUUAAAGGUUACUUUUACAUAAAGCUAGUACAUAGGUAGUAAUUUAAUAUAGGUCUUACAGUUUUAAAUUAACAUAGUAAUUUAAUAAAGGUCAUACAGUUUCAAAUAAAUGUAUGUAUUAAAAUAAUUACUUAUAUACUUAUAACUUAAAUAUUCUAAUCAAUGACAAAAUCCAACAAAAUAAUUAUUUUUAUGUAUUUGUUUACCUUACCUAUGGUCCACAACUAUACUAAAUUAUAAUUACCUUGUAAUUAUAUUUAUAAAUAAUAUUUGAUAUAGGUACUUCUGAUAGUAAAAUAUUUUUUUUUAUAAAACUAAUUUUUACAAAAUAGAAUAUAUUUUCAAUCUGUUUAUUAGGAAAAAAAUUAACUUAACGUGACAACAAAAUUAAUUAGCUGAUAAGGUAAAAAAAGUCGGUAGGAUAGGAGUAACUUCUAAAAAAAAGUAACACUAGUAAAGUAAUAACUUAGUUAAAAGUAACUCAAAUGUUUAACUCAUUAAUGCCCAGCCUUGUAAAAAAAUCAUGCAAAACUGAAAGUCAGCACUCGUAUUGUACAAUAACUUAUAAAACGUGGAAAUAAUUUUGCAUUAAGUUUUCACAUUUGAUUUUUGGAAUUAAUAAAUUGAAUUAUUUUGAACCUUGCUCUACAUAGAUUUCACAGUAAAGUUUAACAAAAAUAAUGUGUAAAUUCUAUUAUGACCCGAACACUGAUCAUGGUAUGAAGUCCUUUUUCGAAACUCUCAAGUGGAUGCUGCAAGAAGAGGAGCCAAAAAACGAACGAUGAAGUCUAAAUUGUGUUCCAACCACGUGUGAUUUUUAUUGUUUGUUUUCACGGAAGACGGAAAAUGACGUAUCAAAAUCUCACACCAGUUCUGCUGUGUCAACAAGAUUUAAUAAUAAUAAUAUAGGGAGGUCCCUUUGGAAGGAUUUUCGCAACAACUCACCUCUAGCACCGGUCGAACAAUUUUUUUUUUUUUUUUAUGAACAUUACGGCCACAUUAUGACAUAAUUACGCGUUAGAUUUGAACGGUAGUUUUCCAUUCUGAAUAAAAAAUUCCAUUUAAAUAAUUUUCAUUUACCUAUACGUAAAUUCGCUCUCGACGAAAUACUUUUCACCGGCCAUCUUAUUAUACUGUUAAAUUGAAUACAAUAUAUGAAAAUAGCAUGUUUAAAUUUUAUAUUUCAAAUGUAAAAAUAAUAAAUUAUUAUUAUUUAAAAAUCAAAUGAGAACAGAAUUUAAUACUCUUUAUGAAGGUGUCUCGCUACGGCUAUUAUAUUUUAAGGGACAACAUUUAGUCAAUUUCUAAUGUAGUUUUAUCCACCCGGGUUGUAAUUAAUGAUUAUUAGUUUGAGUGAAAUUCAAUGCGUACGUGCAAGCACAUGUUAAUCACUCGAUAACAAUAUAUUAUAAUUCACUAUACGAAUUUUACAACAACUGACUUAAUGUUUUGACAAAAUAAAGUUACUUAACGUUGUCUGAUUUUGAUUCUGAAAAGAGUAUUUUAAUUCAGCAGAUUCUACAGAUUCUGUAGAUCCCACAAAACACUUUCUGUUUUUGAUUUUAAUUAGUAUUUGAAAAAAAAACUGUAUUUUCAAGUUUUCAUUUACAGUUCACAAUUAUGUAAGAUUUAAAAUAUUUACUGAGUGUUCCGUUCGCUCUAGUGACAAUUUUCUGUCGAGGUAAAAUUUUUUUUUAGAAUCAAAAUUGGACAACGUAAACUAACUAUAAUUUUGUCAAAACUAAAGCUAUUUUGUGCUGAAAUGUAUGGUAGUAACGAAGCCUUUUAACUAAAGAAUUGAGUAAUAUUCUUUAGAUUUCUUUCCAUAGUCAGUUUUUAUUUAUUUAUAAUCCAUGUAAUUUGAGAAUUUAAGACUAUAGGUACCUAUAUGUAUUAGGUAUAAUUUAUUUUACGAAUAAGUAUUAAAGUUUCGGUAAAAAUUUAAAAGCUUAUAUUCAAUCCCAUAAUCAAUACUAAAAUAAAGUAAUAAUUUAAAUCACAGUCAGUGCCACAGCUUUCAAAGUUUUAUUUCUUUAAUAAAAAAAAAAUCUAAAAUUACUGAUUUAAAGACUUUAUUUUCAUGUUAAAGUAUUCAUGUGUUAAGGCACUUGGUGCCGAUGCCAUUUUUUCCUCAAAAAUACACUCUGCGGGAAUAACGAUACCGCCUUGUAAAAUCAACCAAAUUUUAUAUAUUUUUUUGCAUUGCUAGAGGGAAAUAGUCUGCAACCCGCAUCGAUCUCUGUUUUCAAUAUUUUAUUCUCAAACUUUAGAAUAUGUCUAAAAAAAAAUACAAGAUAAAAAGCAUUUUUAUACACAUUUUUUAAUACAAUUAUUAGAAAUAAAAUACAAAAUCAGAGAUCGAUGAGGGCUGUAGGAAGUCUUCUUCUUUCGGAUAAAAAAAAAUAGUCAUCAAAAUCCGACAACUCUACAAAGCUUGGAGUUAUUCCCAUGAAAUCAUUUUUUUCGAUAUAAUACACCCUAUCAACCCCCUCCCCCCCUAAAUAGGUAUUAAUUAUAUAAUAUUGGUGGAAAAGUCUUAGAAUAGGUACCUAGGUAUUUAAAAUUUGUAUUUAUACCUUCAAUAAUGAUUCAAUUACUGUUUAUGCUAAUUUUUGUCUGGAUUAGGUUACUUUACUGUAUCAAGAAAUUAUGAGAAUGACAGUAACAAUUUACAUUAAAAAUAAUUUUUUCAAUUCGAAUUAAUUGGUUUUAUAUGGUUUUAUUGAUAUUUGAUAGAUACGUUUAAAAAAGUUACAAGACGUGUGUACCUACUAUUCGAUAUUUUUCCUCUACAAGGAAAAUCUAUGAACCAUAAAUAUGUUUUUGUUAAUAAAUAACCACGACAACGAAAAACUUACGAAAAUUUUGUCAGAAGUAAUGAAAUGUGUAUCCAGCCUAAAAACAUAUUAAAAAAAAAAAACAGAAUUUAAUUUUUGUUUGUUUGUUUACACCGGAGUUGUUGCAGUUAACGAAUCCUAACCAAGGGAAAUCCCUAUUUACAAUACCAAUAAAAACUAAGAGUGACGUCGAAGACUUGACUGGAAUCUACUAUAAUUACUAAUAAUAUAACGCGACAAAACGCUUACAGAAGUUAUAUGAGGACCUAUUUGCCUAUCUACAUUAACUAAGAUGUUUCGUCUUCCAAUUCGUCGAUUGCAACGAUUGUCCUCAAAACAAGACAUGCGAGACAUAGACAUUUUCUAACACCACAUUUUAUUCAUUAAGUGAGUAAAAUUACUAGAUGGCGAUUUCAUCAACAUUAAUUAUAAGUCGAUUAUAAUAAUACUGUUGUAAUAUUAUAAUAUUAUUAUACUGUUGUUAUUCGUUACAUUAUAAUAUAGGUACUAUAAAAUUAUAAGACUUGUGUGUAAAUAUGGUCAAAUAUGGUUUAAAAUGUACGUUAAGCAUGCAGACAUCAUUAUACCAUAAUAUUAUGUUAAAUAAAUUCUAAGAACACAGUUAAUUUAAAAUCUUGGAAUUUUAAAUUGCCAUUCAUUUUAUAUUAAUCAUAUAAUAAUCGUAAUUUAUUUAAAAAACAUAUUAUUUUAUGUGUUCAUAUUUUUUUUUUUAUUAAUUCAAGUUCAAGACUCAAUUAACUUGAUUAAGGAUAGUAAACUAGUUUUUCAUAAGCAAAUUAAUUUGAUUUAUUUUUAUUUCACUGUCGUGUAUUUAAUGUGUUACUGGUAUUUUAGAUUCUGAGUAGAGCUAUUGCUUUUCCAAUGACGUAUUAAUUACUCUGAGCGGCUCCUUUUUACAGUUUAGGAUUAUUGGACAAUAGAUCUGUAUUUUACAGAGUUAAUCUUUGUUGAAUUUUCUUAAAAAUUGUGAAAAGCUAUCGAAAAAACUGUGAAAUUUAUCACACUCGAGUACAUUAGUGUAGAUUUAACCAAAAAAUUGACGAUUUUUAAUUUUACAUGUUUUCUUAUAGUGAAAAUAGCAUUCUUUACAAUGCACUAGUGUAUAAUAUUAUUUCGUACUGGAAAAAUUAAAUGCGUUAAACUGUAUAAUAUAGUAUUAGACUAAAGGAAAUUAAUAAAUUAAAUUACUGUGAGUUAUUACUGCAAUGCACAAAAUUAUACAGUUUAAAAAUACUGUUGCAUUAGUCCAUAUUAGUGUAUCAAUCCAAAUACAAUAUUGUAUUAUCUUGUAUUAUACAUUUCACGCAAAAAUUAACACCAUACAUUACAGUGACCUUCUUGUAACCCACUUACCCGCCUUUUUUAAAAAAAAAUGUUAUAUUAGAAGUUUUAAAAACACGGGCAUCUGAAAUAGGGUGUUUCCAUCGCCUAACUAUUCACCCUCAUAUACUCAUAUUUCAUAAGUAUCAGGUGUAUAGUUUCGGAGUUGUACUUACAGCGACUUACACCCAAAGGAUAAACAAUCACAACUUUCUUAAGACUUGUCAUUUUUAUUGGAAAUUUAAUUGAAAUCCUACGGAGAUAAUUUGGUGUUUUUUUUGCUUAUUGGGCCAUCUUUAAAGGGUGGCAGCCCUAAUUGGCACCUGUUACAUUUUUUACAACCGGGCUCGCCUAUGUAUGUAUCUUUAUGAUUUUAAACUAAAAAAUCUUAGAUUUAUUCAUCAUUUAUAUAGUUAAAUAUGUAUUUAAAUUUACAUAGUUAGUAUGACUACAACUCAAUUUAAUUAAUCCAAUUUAUUUUUAGUUGUUUGUAUCUAUUUUUAUAUGUAAAUUAUGUAAAUUAUUGAAUUUUCAACCAAAAAUUGUUUUUAUACCUCCAUUAGGUACAAUAGGUACGUAUGUACCUCAAACGACGUACCUACGAUAUUUUGGUACAGGUAAACAGACGAUGUGCAAAUUACGGCCCAUAACAUAUAAAUAUAUGGUAAAUCAAGCUCUACUCAGAAUCGCAAUGAACAGGGACAUUUAAUACUGGUACGAUAUCAGCUGCUAACGUCGAGUCAUUUAAAAACGGAUUAACUCGCCAUACUGCACUGGCCCUCUAGUGGCUUCCAAUAUUCUCGCCAUUUAGUCGUUUAAUCGAUUUACUUUUUUAGUUCUACAAUAACAUUAAUCUUAAUUUAAAUAGGGACUUUAUUUUUAGAUUGGAAAUUUUGUCAGUCUUAAAAAAAACUGUUCAGCGUACAUAAAAAUUAUGAAAAACAUUAAUAAAAAUUAAUUACGUUGUGGAAUGCUUCUAAGGCGUUUUUGACCAAAUUUAUAAAACGCAAAUUCAUGCUAUGAUUUCUAUAGUUAAUCUCUAAAAAUAUUAUUUGUUCGCUUUGAACAAUAACUCCAAAAAUUCACAAGGUCAAUAUAAUUUCAAUUAAUUCAAUAACAAUAGUUUUCAACAUUGAAUGUUUUUAUUUGAAAUUCUUAAAAAGUAAAAACCAGUAGGUUUAGGGCAGAAUUAAAUAAAUAAUUUAUGUGUGAUAGGUGAUAGGUGAUAAGUGAUAAUAAUUUAUAUAAUCGAGCUAUUAAGUUUAAGUCAAACCGGCAUUAAGAUUUUAUAUAAUAAUUAUUCACAUUUUAUAUUACAUAUUUUACGAUUCACUAUUAGGUACCUGUAGUAAAAAAUAAACCAGUUCCCAGUGUUAGGCAUUGAAUUAUUCCAAGUAUAAAUUAUUAAAGGAACAUUAUUUUGUAAAAAAAAAAAUGUUCGAUUAAUUUUACUAUUUAUUUCAAAAUUACUCGUAAAAAUUGUUUUUUAUAGUCCGUGUUAAAAUAUCGUUUUUAAAAAAAUGUCUGAUGUUCAUAUUUUAACAUAAAGAACGUAACUGAUUUAUGUUUAUAAAAUGUCAUCUUUUGGAGUUAUGUAGUAUUAAAUUUUUUUGUCUUACAAAAUCAACAAUCAAUUAAAACGCAAUAACUGAACCGUGUACGUCAGUGAUUACAUGAAAAAUUGGACAAGUACGAGAACAGUUGGUUUUUGGAUAGCAAAAUAAUUUCAUCAGAAAUAAUGAAGACGUCACCAUUGAAAUUAGUGACAACGUUAUGCGUAUAAUUGAUAAGUUAAAAAAAGAAAAAUUAAUUUAACAAGUUGUAAAAAUGAAUGAACUAUUUUCAUUCUUUCGACCAAUAAUUCUUUACUUUACUUAUCAAAACGACACGAUAUUGAACUUUUUAACAGGCGACCAUCAAAAAAAAUUGGCACGGGCAGCUGCCUACCCUGUACGUUAGAACCGCCACUUCUAAGUACCUAUAAAACAUAUUAUAACUAUAAUUUUUUAUCUUGGUAUAUUUGGCAGAUGAAGUAGAUGCCUCUGUAAUUUAUUGGCAAUCGGCAUGACUGUUUUUAUCUUUAAAAUAGUAUUAUGGUUGAACAUAUUAUAAUAUUAUUAUCAUUGAAUACAAUGACAUUUUAGGUACAAAAUAUAAUAUAUUACUUAUUUAUUUUAAUAAAUAAAAUAAUGGAUUUUUUUUUUUUGCAUGAUGUACCUAUACCUAAUAUUAAAAUAACUAUAAUUAUAUUAUAUUAAUAUGAUAAACUUAAGUACCAAUAUUAGUUGUGUACAAUAUGCGUUGUAUUUAAUAUGAAUAUACGAGUGGAAUAUUGUGG